AUGGAUGAUCAAGGCGAGAGCAAGUAUGGGAUCCGGCAGUUCAUGAGAUUAAAAGAAAUCCUUCAAAAGUGGCAGGCAGUCACGUUGUGUUCGAUGCCGGAAACGGAUACCCCGCACUCGGGAGAAAAGUCAGAGUUUUUCUCACCGGCGACCAACAUGAGGCUAAAAGAGGUUAUGCGUUAUGAUUCCGAUGAGGACAGUAGCCACGGUCCCGAGCCACCGGCCGGUGUCUCGAAGGGAUAUCUGGCGGUUUAUGUGGGACCGGAGCUUCGAAGGUUUAUCAUCCCCACAAGCUACCUCAGCCAUCCGGCCUUCACGGUCUUGCUGGAGAAGGCGGAGGAGGAAUUCGGGUACGAUCAUAACGGCGGACUUACCCUCCCCUGCGAGAUCGAGACGUUCAAGUAUCUCCUCAAGUGCAUAGAGAGUCAUCCUCCCGAGCAGGCAUUUGCAUAA